GUGAGAGGGGAAAGAGAGAGAGACACUCAGAGAUAGCAGCAGAUGGACUGCUGCACAGUCUGCAACACACUCUUCCAAAGGAUAGACUGUGUGUGUGUGUAGGAGAAUGGUUGUGAAUGAGUGACGGUGUGGAGCAGCAAGCGUCUUUCGUGUCCUCUAGCAGGGACAUACAGGAUACACACAAGUGAACAGGAGACAGAAGAGUGAACACGUUCGCUCUUCACACUUGGGCUGUUUCCACAGGGCAGGUAUACAAGUCCAGCAAACUAUACUGCCUGUUAUCAAUGUACGUGACAGGAGUGUCUCGAUAGAUGCCACGGACUGCAGCGGGACAUUUGAUCUUGCAGGAGAAGAAGAAGAGAAUUGUGUCUUUAUCAAAGGUCGAGGAGUCAGGAUAGGUCAGAGGGUGCCAGAAGAGGGUGAUUCUCUAUGGUGAAGAUGAGUCUGGACCCUGUACAGGUGAUGAGCGGACAGGUCAAAGAGCUCAAAGUUGCCCCUUCGUCCAACGGGGACAGCAGAGGAUCAUGGGAAGAGAAAGGAGAGUUUGAUCAGGACCACUUGGGCCUCACCACCAAGCCAAAACCAGUGACAGGGAGACGAGCCCGGAAGGUGGAGGGAGGCGUGUUUUUCCCAAAGCCGGAGAACGCAGUGACCGUCGCUGUCUCUUCUCGGGUCUUGUUCCGGACCGAGCGGGAGCAGAAGGUGUUUGAGCAGAAAGGGGUGGAGGAGUACCUGAGGUUCCAAAUCGAACAUGAGACUGAACCCUUCGCCCCUGGACCCGCUUUCCCCUUCGUCAAGGCUCUGGAGGCGGUGAACACUCGUCUGAGGGAGCUGUACCCGCAGAGUGAAGAACUGUUUGACAUCGUUUUGGUGACGUACAACCACGCCCACGUAGGAAUCCGGCUCAUCAACACCAUCAACCAUCACAACUUGUUUAUCGAGAGGUUUUGUAUGACGGGCGGCAGCAGUCCUAUCGGCUACCUGAAGGCCUGGCACACCAACCUCUACCUAUCUGCUGACGCUGACAAGGUCAGGGAAGCGCUGUCUGAAGGCAUCGCAGCGGCCACCAUGUUCAUGACAGAGAAUCUGACAGAGGUGUCUGAGUCCCAGCUGAGGGUGGCGUUCGAUGGUGACGCUGUCCUCUUCUCCGAUGAAUCUGAGCGCAUCUUCAAGGCACACGGGCUGGACAAGUUCUUCGAACACGAAAGGGACAACGAGGACACGCUACUGGAUCAUGGUCCCCUGAAGGGCUUCUUGGAGGCACUGGGGAAGCUCCAGAAAAAGUUUUACGCUAAAGGCCAGCGCCUGGACUGUCCCAUUCGAACAUACUUGGUCACAGCUCGCAGCGCAGCCAGCUCCGGGAUCCGGGCGCUGAAGACGCUCCGGGCCUGGGGCCUGGAGAUCGACGAGGCCUUGUUCCUCGCAGGGGCGCCGAAGGGCCCCAUGCUGGAGAAGAUCAGGCCGCACAUCUACUUUGACGAUCAGAUGUUUCACGUGGAGGGCGCGGCGGAGAUGGGCACCGUUGCAGCUCACGUGCCCUACGGCGUUGCACAGAAAAAUAACCCCAAACACAACCCCAGCGUGAGGAAGUAGUAAGCAGGACUGGACAGGACGGGAGGACGGGACAGAGAAACAGAAGAGCAAAGUGAAGCUGAGAGGUUUCAGAUGAACUUGUACUGAAUCGUAUGUGGAAAUGCAUCAUUUCCAUGAUGUAGCAAUUGUAUUGUAAGUUUGUUUAAUCACAAUGUAAACAGUUAAAUGCCAUCAAGUUAGGAGUUAGAGGCCUGGGUAGAGGUCAAGUAGAGGUCUGGGAAUAACCUCAGCGUUACAUUUCAAUGCCUCAAUCUACCCAAUACUCAUGUGUUUUGUCAAAUCUCGCUUUACUGUAUAUGGGAAAUUCGAAGGUGCUUGAUUGCCAUGGUGAUCUGCUAUUUCUGUCAUUACUAGUCCUCAUAAAAAAGACGCCUCUUCAGUGAAUGGAGGAUCCCGAAUGAAUGACUUCACUGAUAUUUACAUAACUUAAAGGACCAGUGUGUAACAAUUAGGGGGAUCUAUUGGCAGAAAUGGAAUACAAUAUUAAUAAGUAUGUUUUCUUUAGUGUAUAAUCACCUGAUAAUAAGAGUCAUUGUGUUUUGGUUACCUUAGAAUGAGCCGUUUAUAUCUACAUAGGGAGCGGGUCCUCACCACGGAGUCCGCCAUGUUGCACCGCCAUGUUGCUAGAGUAGCCCAGAACGGACAAACCAAACUCUGUUAACUUGGUGAAGUCGAUAACGGUACUUGCUCCCGUCGCUGCCACUCUCUCUCUCUUGCUUCACCACUCACUUCCCACAUACACACAGACACAUUCUAAACAUUGGCCCUGCUCCAAAUGGCUCCAGAGAGGGACAUUUGCGUUUUUCGCGUCAGCCACCAUAGCUCUGCAACACGCUUGGCACACGGGAGAGGCUUGAGUUGGUUGCAAUUUCCUCACCUCCCCACUAUAGAUACCGCCAGAUCCUACACACUGGACCUUUAAGUAAAGCACAGAGACUGCACUGUAUGUCGGCAAUAAAUGAAUAUGAAUGAAUAAUCUGUUCAAAAUCUACCUUAAAGGGAGAUUUUGUCAAGUAUUUAAUACUAAAAUAUGCCUGCUUUAUGCAAAUGUAUGUAUAUAUUUAUUAGAUAGCAAAUUAGUGGCGUUAAAACGAAUUUGCGUUAACGCGUUACCGUUGUUAUUAUUAUCGUAUUAACUUUCACAGCCCUAAUUAUAAGGUUAAAAGUUAUACUGUAGCACAAGAGUCAUAAUUUAAAGUUAACACAUCAAUCAUUUUACAGACUUUGAUUUCAACAGAAUGUAAAAGUUUGUUUGCAACUAUACAAAAUGUGUUGUAUAUUACUGGAGAUAGCACUUCAUGUUCAACUGUGUUAGUCCAACACAAAUAUAGAAAGCCAUAAGUUUCAGUUGGUGCCUUAGUUUCAAUGAAGACACUAUUUCUAAAAAGUGGUCUGUCCAACAAUUUGGUCCAGAGUGAAGUAUCUCAACAAUUGUUGGAUCGAUUGCCACAAAAUAAAACUCCAACGGCCAACCAUCGGCCUGGUGUACACAGCACCAUUAGCAUGUUAAAGUUUCUCCUCUUAGCAUGUUAAAUGUAUUUCAUAUUACUGAAGAAAGUGUAUUAUUUUAUUAUUCUGUUAAUCCAAAACAAAUAUAGAAAGUCAUAAGUUUCAAUGGGUGCCUUUAGUUUCAAUGAAGACACUAGACUUGAAAUGGAAAUAAGGAACAGGAGGGGGGUUGGACUAUAUGACCUUAGCCUGCGGAGUUCUGACUACUGUGGACCUAUAACAGAUAUUUGAUUAUUGCAGAAUGCUCAUUUUGUCCAAAACGACAGGUCUUAUACCUGCAUUACCCUUCAGUAGCAGACUUAUCUAAACAUAUAACAUAAAAAAAUGCCAAUAUAAAUACAUAGUCAUAUUACCCGACAUGUUUUGUGACAAGCCAACAUGCAAAUCUUAAUUUGAUCAGUUUUGUAUGUGUGAGUGAUAGGAAUAUGUGUGUAACAGAUUAUCAUUCAAGAGUUUCCUUUGGAAUUUGCGAACCAGCAGUUUGACAUAUAUUAUUUUCUCAUUUAUUAGAAUAAAACAGAACUGUAUUUUCCCAUUC